CCGGCUCGUGCCGCUCCAAGCUUGGCUGCCUCUGGACUGGCCUCAGCCCGAGAGAUGAACACGGAAGACAGCCGUUCAGUCUCCCUGCAGAGACUCCUCUCCUUAUGCGCGUCCGACAUCAUGCCGCGUCGGACAUCCUGCAGAGACUCACAUGACGUUCUGCCAGUAGCCGUCGCCGUCAACGACUCGCCUAGCUCGCCACUCACGAAGAAACUGACCCACAACAAACCUGCUGACCCAAACGACCAACACCCGCAGCCAGUCGUGCCUCGCUUUCGUCGCCGGACUCAGUUGUGCAUCGCUUUCAUCGCCCUUGCAUUUGUGCUGGUGAUUGCGAGGUCGGCUGUGCAGACAAUCGUUGGCAAUUCCGUGUUGAAGCUGGAAACCUUCAGCCUCGCGGCUGGCGACGGAAGCUCGCUGCUCGUCGAGGCGACAGGCGUUCUCGACCUGAUUCAUCUUCCUGUGAGCUGCAGCAUAACGGAGGCCAGCCUCGACGUCAUGCACGGUGGUGGGGUGGUGGGCCGGUUGGAGGUGGGUCGGAUUUCACUCGACAGAGGCGGUGCGGUGCCAAUCACCAUCGCCGGCCCAAUGGCUGUGCCGCUCGGGCUCGGUCCACUCCAGGCCCUGAGCGCUGCGGUGGUGCAGGAGUCGGAGCUCGAGCUCGACGUGGCUGGAUGGGUGGACGUGCAUGUGCCACUGCUCGGCCACUUUCGCCAGCUCUCACUUGUGAAGCGGCUACACCUCAGAGGUGCGGGGGGACUCGACCCUCUGAUCAACUCGUUCGAGCUUCAGCCAAACCAAGGCAACGGCACCGUCGCGCUGUCGAUGGCGGUGCGCAUCCGGAACCCGUCGUCCUUCCAACUCCUCUCCAUCGGCGUGCUCGACUUCUCCAUCCUGACAAGCGACGGCACGGCCUUCGCAAAGGUUUCGACGGUCGGACCCGUCAGCAUGCGGAGAGGAGUCACCUCACUCUCGCUUACCGGGCAUCUCGCCGUCCCCGACGAGGAGUCGGAUGCGUUUCGCGCGGUGCUCCAUGACUACGUGUCGGGCAGGUCGUCGACAGGGUUGACCGCUGUCAUCACCGCCGCCAGCGAGCCGCUGUUUGAUGCCGCGCUCUCGUCUCUGCGCCUCAACACGUCGCUUCCAGGCCGCCCAGGCGGCGCGCACUUUUUCGACGAGAUCGCAAUGUCGCUGGACGUCCCGCAGGCGCUCACUGGCUUGGUGACGAGCAAGCUGGUCAACCCGUGGGGCGACGCAGUCGUCCACGCCUCCGCGGCCUGCCGCGUAUCCAACCCGUUCAACGUCUCGGCUUCGGUCCAGGCAAUCUCGAUAGGCAUCGUCUACGGCGGCUCCAAGGUUGGCUCCGUCACGAUGCCGUGGCUCGACCCGCCGCUCGCACUCGCGGCCUUCUCGCGCCGCCCGUCGGACCGCGCCUUCCCGAUCGUUCUGCGCGCGCCCGCCACCACCCUCAACACGCUACUCCUCGAGCUGCUCGCAAAGGGCGCAGUGACGGUGGGGCUCGACAUCUCUCUCGACCUCAGGGUCGGUGUGGUGGGGCGGGGCACGGGCAGCGUGAUGCAGAUCGCGUAUGCGGAGCCCGAGGUAGCCGUCCGCGCCUCUCUCGGCGGAGGUGGAACGGCGUCCGCGGCGUCCGCGGUCGCCGGAGCGACGUCGACAGCUGUGCAAAAGGGCGUGGCUAGCCCCGCCGCUCGCUUGCUCGAGAACAGAAUCAGGAGCGAGCAGGGUGGCGGGGACACAUACUCGUACGGCGGCUGGCUCGGCUGAGCCGGAGCGCUGCACAUCUGCAUCGUCAACUCAGCCGAUUACGUUCGGGCGUGUUCGUUGUCGAUGUUGUCUCUCUCCAUAUGUACACACUUAUACAGUUCACCAACCCGCCGGACACCGUCUCGCGAAGCCUGCGGCUUGGUUCCGUGGAUCACGCUAGAAAGGGGAGUGCGACUAGCGCACCACUUGUCGCGACUAGGUUGCUGGUUGGGCCGGCUCCCGCAUUCCGCGGAUCCGCGCUGAUAUACUGCAUACAUCGAUA